GACUGUCGGCCCCCACACUAGCUAUUGUCUUGAUUGUACACCCGUUUGUCACAUCGUCACGUGUGCGAUAUAGGUUCUCGCUCCGGAGUCCCAUAACGGGUACUCGCUAUUGUGAACGUUUGGUAUGCUUCAAUACAAUUAGCGGCAUAAAAAGCUCCUGAAGAGUUGCAAUCCGUUUACUCAUGCCCGCGCGGCUGCGUUUCUAACACUGUAUUUCCAGACACUGUACUUUUCGCAUGGCAUAUCAUUCCUCAGCUAGUUUUCGACCUGGAGUUGCUGGUCAAUUCGAUUCCUACCACCCUCAUUUUAUGUCACCUCAGGACGAGUCAGGAUCGCGAUCGAAGCCGAUAUAUGAAGAUGUGAAGAAUAUCCAAUAUUGGAUUACAGGGGUCAAAUCGGACGAAAAACCUAAUAUUGACUCCAGAGUGCCCUCAUCGCCCGACGGCAUCCACGCGCAACCAUUCAAUUUCAUCGGCCAUGAGGGUCCUUGUGAUCUCCAGGAUGACGAAUACGGAUCCUGCGAUGACCUUGAUGGUCUGAUGACUUUUGAUAUAAGUCCUUGGCUAGCCCACCAUAUGAAAUCCCUUUCGGACGGCAGCGAUGACACCGCUGCCAGCUCUACGGUUCCUGACAGCGAAACCGCGGCACAAUACGUUAACAUUGCUUGGGACAGUCCUUGGUAUCGCUCACCUGGGACCGACAGUCCGAUUUCUUCUUCGCCCCUCCCAGACUCCUAUUCUUGCGCAUGUUCGCCAGACGUUCGGCAAGCCAUAGCGCAACAAGAGCUUUUACUUGACUUUUUCCACGACGAAUUGCGCCGGAUCAUUCCGAGUGCUUAUAAUUAUAACACUGCUUGGUUAGAAGAUGUUGACCCGGACCUGGUUCUUUCACCUGUCCGAAGUUAUGAGGAGCUGUGUUGGCAAUCAGCGAUCUCCGACCACAAGUCUCGCCCAGAUGUGCCUGUAGGGCUUGGGAAUUAGACUAGUUGGGCAUUUUAAGAUAUUUGCUGAGCAGGAACAUGGAUGUGGGGUUACUUUUUGGAGUCUGUUUCGUCGUCAUUAUAUCACCGACUGUUAAGAUGUUAUAUAUGU